UCCUGAGGGAUCUCUGGUAUGGACCUAUGAAGUUUCCUUGUACAGUGUAGCUAGUUUUUUUUUCAUAUAUAGUUUUUAUAUCAACCCAUUUGUAUGUAAUUUAAGCAUGGUAUCGAAUGCAUCUAUUCUCUCGAAACAUGCUCUUACCCCGCUUUAUAAAGCACAAAUCAUGAUGCACGGCCCAAUGGCAUAAGGUUAUGAGGUAGCCCCUCUUGCAAACCAAAUGCAUCCAUUCAAAACAUUAGUCUUGUUUAUAAUUUUGUAAAUGUCUACUGAUCCAAGCUCUUCAGGAUUUUAUUUUCAAAAUUGAUGAAUGCUGUUUGUUAUAGAUGGUUCAUAUAUGUCCUUUCUAGCCGACAUUUGAAGUAUAUGAUGCAAAGAUUUUCACUGAUUGCUCCGCCACCAGGCCGCUCUCCGGGAGCCACACAGCUGACGGCUCCUCUCCAUCGCAUCGCCCAUGCCCACUCAUCUCUCUCCUCAGCGAUCAUGGCCAUCCCCUGCAAGCUUGAACCAGCCCCCACACCUGCUCACCCACCCUCCCCCACGGACGAGUGCUGCGCCUCAUGGUGCGCGAGGCGGCCGGCGCAGAGAUGCAGAUGGGCGGCGACGGGGAACAAGCAGCAGGACGGCGGUGCUACAACCCGCACCUGGUGGAGCUGCAACCGUUGGGUGGCGGUGCUAGAACCGCGAAGUACCGCUGCUGCUUCCCGCCGCUGCCGCCGAUGGGACAAUUUGUUUUUGCUGCAACCCUCACCGGCGGAGUUGCAACCGAUGAGUUGUAGAGCCGGAACCAGCAUCCACCGGUGCUGGAACCGGACGCUCCUCCCACGGCCGUCGUGAUUUUUGCUGGAACCAGCGUUAUGCUUUGCUGGAACUUGCUGUUUUUUUGCUACAUCGACUUUUCUUUUGGAAUUUGCUUCCUGUGACUUCUAUUCGAACCAUGUGGGUUUGCUGGAACCAGCUAUAUAUUUUGCUGGAACGUGUUAGUGUUUUUGCUACAUUAACUUUUGUUGGUGGAUUUUGCUUCGUGUGAUUUUUGCUUCUACCGGUAUUAUUGUUAGCUGGAACCGGCUAAUUGUUUUGCUUCAAAUGAUUGGGGGUUUGUUACUGAGAUUGUUUUGCUGGAUCACGAGAGUGCUAGUCGACGGUCGUGGCGAGGCAGAGACGGUGACGCCAGAGAUUUUGCUACAACCACACGACCAGUGCGCUGGAACCAGCCAGCGUCAGAGCUGCAGUUGCAGCUGAAGCUGGCACCCAACGGCGGGCGUGAGACAAGGGGCGGCGGCAGGCGACAACGCGCUGGUGCAGCCGGGGCCGACGACGCCGAUGAACGCGGCCGUUGCGUCUUGUGAAGCAGAAGACCGACGGAGGAGAUGCGAUGGGCGCGACGACUGCGCUCUCUCCUUUUCUGGAUAUGCUGCAGGGUGCGGAGUGUUGGGGACGAAGCAGAAGAUAAGAUCUGAACGGUUAGAGUGGAGCCAUCGAACAGGCAGGGUGCGACCGGCCCAAUUUUGGGCCGGCGCACCGGCGCCUAUCAGUGCCCAACCAAAAUUAGGUGAUGAUGGUGAUGUCACUAGUAACGUUAGUUGCACGUAGUACUAGCUUAGCUACGAGAAGUGAUGCAGUGGUCUGUGGCCUAGACACCGCCCGGCCUAAACCAUCAAUGGAGCUCGUUGUGCUUCUUGUCGUUGUUCUCUUGGGCUUCUCCGUCUUGAUCCGUCGUAGCAGCCGGCGUGCCCCUGCACCUCCAGCUCCGGCCGUCCUCCACAAGAUCAGUGACCCUGCCGUCGCCCACCGUGUGCUCGUCGACAACGCCGACGCCUUCUCGAACCGCCCAGUCCUUCCCUUCUUCGUGGAGCUGGCAAAGAGGCGCGGUGGCCAACGCAACGAGAACAUAAGCACCGUGCCCCACGGCCCGCACUGGCGUGCUCUCCGGUGCAACAUCACCGCCGAGACCCUCCACCCGUCGCGCCUUGGGCUUGGGCACCUCGCGCCGCUGCAGCGGGAGGCCAUCCAGGACCUCGUCGCAGCCCUGCAGUCCACCGGCGCCGGGGCAGGCCUCCGAGACCACCUCCGGGCCGCCGUCUUCCGGGUCAUCGCGCGCCUGUGCUUUGGGGACGGAGUCGACGAGUGCCAUGUGCGCGCCGUCUGCUCCCAGGUGCAUGGCUUACAGGUCGCCAUUGGAGAGGUCAACCCCUUUUCUGGCCCCUCCUUGCUAGCCAAGCUCGCGGAGUGGAGGUACCAGCGCCAACUCUUGGCCUUUCAUGCCCGGAUCACCGAGUUGUGCCUCCCUCUCAUCGCGGCACGGCGGCGAGGACCACACGACGACGACCUCUGUCGUCCGUACGUCGACAUACUCAUACAACUCCGCGUCCCCGACGGCAAGCACGGUGGCCGGCGCGCUCUUAGUGACGACGAGAUAGUGGACCUCGUGUUGGAGUUCCUGGGCGCGGGCUCAGGAUCGUUGGUGGUGUGCCUCGAAUGGACUCUCGCUCACCUGGUAGUCCAGCCGGAGGUCCAGAAAAAGCUCCGCCAUGAGGUCGAUGGCGAGGCCGCUGAUAGGAGCCAUCUGAUCCGUGGCAUGCCGUACCUGCACGCCGUGAUUCUCGAGAGCCUCCGCAUGCACCCGCCGGCGCCGGUGGCCCUGCGUCACGUCCAGGCGGCCGAAGCCGCGAGGACGCUCGUGGGAGGAGGAACAACCAGCGACGUGACUGUACUGUUCCUCCAGGGGGACAUGGGAAGGGACAUGAAGGCGUGGAAGGACACCGACGAGUUCAGGCCCGAGCGCUUCCUGGCCGGCGGCGACGCCGAGGGCGUCGGCCCUCUGCCGGGGCGCAAGGAGACGAGGAUGAUGCCUUUCGGGGCGGGGCAUCGGUUCUGCCCAGGCGUGGGUCUUGCGAUGGCUACCAUGAAGGGCCUCUUUGAAUUGAAGGAUUUUCAUAGAAAUAUUGGAGGAUUCCAAUCCAUUGGAUUUUUUCCUAAAGAAGCCUUUUGGAUCAAAGGAACCACACCUCCAAAAUUCCUAUGGAUUCAUUCCUACACCUCAAUCCUAUAGGAAUUUCAACAUCCACUAUAACCUCUUUUUUACACUGAUUCGCGUAGGAUCGAGACACUUUUCCUGUGUUUUUCCUGUGUUUCAUCCAAAUGACCAUUCUUGUAGUUUUCCUCUAUUUUGUAAUCCUCUGUUUUGCACCUACAAUCCCGUCAAAUUCCUGUGUUU